AUGGCAUCUGGGCGGUUGCAAAGGUGGGCAUUCUUCCUUUCUGGAUUUGAUUACCAAAUUGAGUACAUUAAAGGCUCAGCAAACACAAUAUCAGACAGUCUAUCCCGUUUACCAUGUCAAGAUAAUAGUGAUCAAUUAAUAAAUGUAGGUAAAGACACCGAUGUGCUAAAUUGGGUAGAAGAAUAUUUACCUGUGAGUUUUUUACAAAUUAAAUCUGAAACAGCUAAAGACAAAAAUUUACAAAAAGUAAUUUGUUAUUUAAAUAGUAGCUGGCCUAAGGAUGUACCCUAUGAAUUAAAAUCAUUUUAUAAUAGAAGAGAUGAAUUAAUGAUAGAAGAUAAUGUAUUAGUUUGGGGUUACAGAAUGGUUAUACCUAACAGCCUUACUGAAUUAUUAUUAAGAGAGUUACAUAGUUCUCACCUUGGCAUAGUAAAAAUGAAGUCAAUGGCACGAUCAUACUUUUGGUGGCCAUCAAUAGAUUCAGAUAUUGAACGUACAGCUAAAAGUUGCACUCUAUGUUUAGAAAGUAGACCUGAACCACAAAAAUGUAUUUUAACGAAAUGGCCAAAAUCAUUACAUGUUUUUGAGCGCAUUCACUUAGACUAUUUAGGUCCUAUUAAUAAUAAAAUGUUCUUAAUCAUAAUAGAUUCUUAUAGCAAGUGGCCAGAAGUGUUUGAGGUAGACAAUGCUGACACAUUCAAUACCUUAGAGAAACUUAAGGAAACAUUUGCUAGAUUCGGUCUUCCUGAUACUAUUGUCUCUGACAAUGGCACCCCUUUCACAUCAAAUGAGUUCAGCCAAUUUUGUGAAACAAAUGGUAUUAAACACUUAACUUCUCCUCCGUUCCACCCUGCUAGCAACGGUGCAGCAGAAAAUGCCGUUAAAAGCUUUAAACUAAGUUUCAAAAAAAUCAUUAAAGAAAGUAAAAUGUCAGUUCACUCAGCCAUACAAAAAUAUUUAUUUUUUUAUAGAAAUAGUGAACACAGCACUACUGGUUAUACUCCAUCUAAACUAAUGUUCAAACGAAAUGUAAGAACUAGAUUUGAUAGGAUAAGGAAUAUGGAUAAAAGUAUUGAUAAAGCAAUAACUAGAGAAACUAGGAAUUACAAAGGUAAAGUGGACAAUAAGAGAUUUGAAAUUGGAGAAAAUGUGUACAUUAGGGAUUACAGUAAACCAAAUAAGAAUAAUUGGAAAGCAUGUAUAAUUGAUGAACAGUUGGGUAAUUCUACAUAUAUUUGUAAGGAUACAAUUAAUAAUAGUUAUUUCAAGCGACAUGUUGACCAAAUAAUCAAAUUAGGUACAUUCUAUGAAGUAGUAGGUUUAAACAAAAAAAUCAAUGAUUAUGAUAAUAAACAAAAAAACUGUGAUAAAGAGAGUAUUAUAACACCACAAGAGGAGGGUGAUGAGAAUGUAGCAGUACCAUUGGAAAUUAAUGAAGAAAGUAAUGAUGAGGAAAGACGUAUGCAAGGUGAAAUUAAAGUUCCUGUAGUAAUGGAAAACAAAAAUACCAGACCCAAAAGAAACAUAGUUAAACCAGAAAAAUUUAAAGAUUAUGUUAGUCAUAUGGGCAUGGUUGCUUUUAGUAACUAA